UGUAGUAGGCUUGAAAUCCAAACGGCUUCCUUUUGGAUAUUUUAGGCCACUACAUAUGAUGAAUAAGUCAUUAUUUAGUCAUUAUUCAUAUAUAUGUAGUUCACCUAUAGAGGGAACAGGCUGGAACGCGCAGCACAUACCGGAAGUGGACUCGCUCCGACCUCUUCCGCGCGAGCGUAUUUGUCGCCAUGGCAACUGAGCGGCGGCAGCAUCCUCCCGUUCGUUCACCGCGCGCGCGGACAGCUGAGCUUAGCUAAAUGUGCUUCCAAAAUGGCGACGGCACGUCAAACAUUCGUAACGGUGCUGCUCUACUCGCUCUGUUGUGUGACAUUUGCUGUAAUUCUCAGAACUACAGACAAAGACGUGUGGGCCAAUGAAUUUGAGUCAAUCGAAUUGUCCUGCUUGAUAGAGUCCAUAUCUACAAACAACCCGAGAAUUGAAUGGAAGAAAAUUAAAAAUGGGGUUCCCAGUUAUGUAUAUUUCCAAAACAAAAUAUCAGGUGAUUUGGAGAACAGGGCGCUGUUGAAAGAACCUGCAAACCUGCUGAUCCUGAAUGUCAGCAGAUCAGACAGCGCGAUGUAUCGCUGCGAGGUGGCUGCCAUUGACGACCAGAAACCCUUCGAUGAAAUACUUAUAAGUCUGGCUGUGAGAGUGAAGCCGGUGGUGCCACGGUGCAGCGUUCCAAAUUCGGUCACUGCAGGCUCUUCUACAGAGCUCCGGUGCAUGGAGAGCGAGGGCUACCCUCUGUCUCACUAUCAGUGGUUUCGCAACAACGAGGAGCUACCUGAGGACCCCAAAACCAGCAUCCGCUUCUACAACUCCUCAUAUGUCACGAAUGCUGAGACUGGGUCACUGAAAUUCAGAAUAGUGAGGAAAGAAGAUGCAGGGGAGUACUACUGCCAGGCCAGAAAUGACGCUGGUUACGCAAAAUGCUCACCACAGCUUAUGGAAGUCUAUGAUUUUGACAUCGGGAUGAUGCUCUUAAAGAUUGUAGCAGGAGUGAUCGCUUUCAUCCUUUUAACAGUGGGGCUCUGUGUGGCUCAAAAACACGGCUACUGUUCCUGCAGGGACCAUACAGAAAACGAUUAUAAAGUCCCUCAGUAUGACAGUGGGAAGGACUGUGUCAGUGCAGAUGAGGGGCAUUUCCGGCACAAAUCCUCUUUUGUCAUAUGACCAAGAAAAGAUGAAGGAGAUGCAGGAGAGACACAGCUGAACUGUGUGCCACAAAUAUGAACUAUCACAAUGUGAAUUUUCUUCUAAGGUGCAUAAACAUGAUCUUCUUUGCCAAAGCUGUUAACAAACAUCACAGUAUUUUACAGACGAUACAGUAUUACAAUUCUCUGGGAAAGUUUUAUUCUUCAUAUGUUACAGGAGCGAGUGCGUUCAUCCUUUUAACUGUUUCCUAAAGGAAGUGUAAGGAAGGUUUUUAUGUAAUUCACAAAGUUUUUUUUUUUUUUUUUUUGUCCAGAACAUUACACUUAGUGAUAUGAUGUGUACAUGGUUCAGGAAUGAAUGUGCAAAGAAGCAAAUUGUGCUUAUUUUUAUUGCUGUGGAACUGAAAGUGCAUCUACAUUCUGCUAUGUGACAGAUCGGACAGAGCAGCACAAGGCAGGCGUCAAUCAGCUAAGUCAGUCACUGAGCUAAAUACAGUAUUCUGUAUUUCAGACACACUAAAUCAUUUUUGACUCUAGUUAAAGCCAGUGUGGGGGUGUGUGUGUGCGCGCGCAGUGCCAUGCAUGACUGGUUUUGAUAUGUCGCGUUCAUGGGAUGUUAUGUGUUGGUGUUUUAGUGCAAGUUAUGUAUGUCGUAAAGUACAGUGUAAAGUUUUAACAGCUCAGUUUUAGCAUUCAAUCAAAAGUCUUUUCUGUUAAAUCCAUAGACCUGGUUGUGCUAAAUGACAAACUUCUAGUUCUACUUCAUUUUAGUUUAUUUUUAAAUAAUAGAUACACAUUAUAUAUUUAUGAUUCUGUCCGAGUGCUCUCUCUCUCUCUCCCCCUUUCUCUCUCUAAGUGACCUUCUGUAUUUUUUAUUAUUUUAUAUUAUGAUUCUUUGGACAAAUUGUCCAGCUUUGUGGCUGUGUUCAGGUUUAAGUCUGUUUGUGGUAUUUGGUUGUAGCAAAGUCAGAUGGAAUUGCUGCGAAGAUUGUGGGCCAUGACCAAUCAAUACUGAUAAUAAUCAUGACUUAAUUUACACUAUUUGGAAAUUUCCAGACUUCUUCUUCUUCUUCUACAGAUCUAAUAAAAUUAACUCACUAUCCAUUCACACUACCAUUACAAACUUAUUUUCUCCCAGGAGGCUGGUUUCAAAAUGUCUUUUUAUUCCAAAGAAGCUGUUUCCUGACUGUUAAAUAUUCAAAAUGUCUUAGAGUUUUGUGAGUUUUGACAAAUUGUCUUCCAUGAUGGCAUGUCCCACUGUCUUACAGGCAGCAUGACUGACUGUUAUUAUGAAUGCUGUAAAAAUGCACCAUGGAAAUGAAGGGUUUUGGCUGAGGUUCAGACAGCGCAGGGAGGUAAUCUCUUCUAUUAGAAAUGAAAUAUCACUAAACUUUGCACCAAAUUGACAGUACCGGAAUGUGAACUGUGCUAGGUUUGAUUUGAAUAAUAUUUGGGCUUCAUGUUGGAGAUGUUUGAUUAUGCAUGGCUAAGCAGAACAGUGCAAGAUGAAUUACUCAAAACAUGCUUACAAUGAUUUCCUGAAAAUAUUAAAAUGUAUAUACAGUAUUUAGCCUCACCACAACUGCCUGUUUGAUACAGAAAUAUUUUAGCGUAUCUUAUAAAAUAAGUGUUAUGGAGUCUAUUCGGAUAUUUGUUACUCUUUAUUACCGUGUGCCAGUUCAUUGUCAGUGUUGGUGUAGUCAUGUUUGCUGCUUAAUUCACAUAUAUGGUCUAAGAACGUGCAUUCUGGCCAAAAUGAUUCCAUAGUUAUUCUAUAAUUACAAAUAAUUAUUAAAUAAUCUUUUGAUUUAGAUUGCAAUUUCAGAUAUAUAUUCUUUAUCUGAAAUACAUGUUAUAUAUCUAUAUAUCUAUAUAUAAAAUAUCUGACAUUCCAAGUAUAAUGAAAUAUUUUGUGUGUGCCAUUUACAUGACAAAAUGAUAAGCUCACCUGUCAUCCUGUUCUUUUUGUAUUGUCAGAGUGUGUUAUUUUAUGUGGUGUUGGUUAAAAAAAAAAGAAAAAAAAUUGUAAUGUAAUUCUAAUGUAAGAUUUGAACAGCAUUAAACCGGUAUAAAGUUCUGAUGUAUUUAUUUUCUGUAAAGUAGAUGACAACAUUACUCAGGAGUUUGAAAGAAGUGACAAUUUCUGUACAUUGGUAGAGUUUUCGUGAUUCUAUUCAUUUUAUUUAAUAAAGACGUUGUUAUAGAACAUA